CUAGAACCCUCCUUCCGAUAUAUUAACUGUCGAACCUACAGAAACGGAGCUCAUCAAGAUAUAGAGAUGACGAGAUUAAUAGACCAUCCGACCCUUCGAAUAUUUUAACUCUCUUCUCAGAGUUUAAUCCAUCUUCGUAUACUUCGUAUAAUUGUCGGAUUCUCCGGCAAUUCCCCGACAACUCGCAAUUCUCCGCUCAUCAACUCGCACAUGAACAGCAUACUUCGAUAUAAAGUCAACCUCCCUAAACACAGCAGAUAAUUCUGUCUUUCCAUUCUUAAUCCUUUCCCCUACUUCAGCAAACAAAAUGUCACCCCCCUGGUGGAAAGAAGCCACCAUCUACCAAAUCUACCCGGCCAGCUUCCUCGACACAACCGGCACCGGGCUCGGCGAUAUCCGCGGGAUAAUCUCCAAAAUCCCAUAUAUAAGAUCCCUAGGCGUUGACGCGCUCUGGCUGUCACCCAUCUUCGCAUCCCCGCAGCACGACAUGGGCUAUGACGUCGCCGACUACCGCGCCAUCCACGAGCCGUAUGGUUCUGUCAACGAUGUCCAGGAACUCAUUGAUACACUCCAUGAGAGUGGUAUGCGCCUGUUACUGGAUUUAGUGGUCAAUCAGACGAGUUCCGAACAUGCCUGGUUCAAGGAGUCAAGAUCCAGCAAGAGCAGUUCCAAACGGGACUGGUAUAUCUGGCGAGAUCCCAAAUACGACAGCAGUGGGCAAAGAAAGCCGCCGAAUAACUGGAAAUCGCUCUUCGGGGGGUCGGCGUGGCAGUUUGACUCCGUAACAGGACAGUACUAUCUGGCGCUAUUCCUGCCCGAGCAGCCGGAUUUGAAUUGGGAGAAUGAGGCAAUGAGACAGGCUGCGUAUGGGGAUAUGCGGUUCUGGCUGGAUAGAGGCGUUGAUGGGUUCCGGAUUGAUAGUAUGAAUCUCAUGUCGAAGCAUCCUGGGCUUCCUGAUGGGAAGAUUGUCGAUCCGGGUCAAGAGUUCCAGUCCGGAGCGGAGUUUUUUGCUUCUGGGCCGCGGAUGCAUGAAUACCUGCAGGAGAUGAGAAGGGAGGUAUUUGAUAAAUACGACAGGGAUAUCAUGACAGUGGGCGAGUUGGGGUUUACAAAGGACGAGACCUCCGUGGCGCCGUACGUCGCCAGUAACCGCAAGGAGCUGAAUAUGGUAUUCACAGGAGAUAUUUCCGAUAUGGAUUUUGGAGUGGGACAUAAAUACGACAAGGGCGAGUUCCACCCGCGCAUGAUCCGGCGCAUUACGAACCUCUGGCAGAUGGCGAUGCCCAAGGUCGAUGGCUGGAAUGCUGUGUACCUUGACAAUCACGACAGCGGGCGCUCGCUGAGCCGGUAUGCGUCUGAUGCGCCGGAGUAUCGAGCAACAGCUGCAAAAAUGCUGGCGACGUAUAUGAUGACGCUGAGUGGCACGCCGUUCCUACUGGCAGGACAGGAGAUCGGGAUGGCGAAUCUGGGCAGGGAGUAUGGGCUUGAUGCGUAUAUUGACGUGGAGGGGAGGAACAGAUAUAAUGAGAUAAGAGGCGAUCCUUCCGCUAUUGACGACUUCAUGAGAGAGCUGCAGCUCAAGUCGCGCGAUCAUGGACGGCUGCCGAUGCAGUGGGACGAUUCGGCGCACGCGGGAUUCACGACGGCGGAUGAGCCGUGGAUGACAGUCAACAGGGACUAUCCGGAGUGGAAUGUGGCCGCCCAGGUGGAUGACCCUAGCAGUGUCAUGGCGUUUUGGAAGAAGAUGAUUGCUCUGCGGAAGGAGUAUAAGGAGCUGUUUGUCUAUGGGGGGUACAGGCCGCUGGACGAGGAGUAUACAGGGGAAAUGGUGCUGGGAUACGUGCGCGAGAGUCGCAGUGAGACUGCAGUCGUGCUAUUGAACUUUUCCGAUGUCGAGCAGAUGGUGGGAGAAGAGUAUCAGCAUUAUACCGUCUUGGUGAAUGAGUCGUGCAGGGUGGACGGUAGGGCUAUUCUCAGCCCGUUCGGGGCGUUGGUGUUGUAUAGCAGAACGUAAACCAUAUACAAGUCACGCCAUUUCUACAGUUAUACCAGUUAUUUAGUAUUCCAUUUAUACAGGUAUAAAGUAUACAGCAUACAGGCCAUACAGCGUAACUGCUGACCCAGAAUGCGGGGACCCCCGCCACCGGGAG